CUCCACCACUCACCAUCUCCAUCACCCUUCCAGGUGAAGCUGCCAUUCCCAAAGCUCUCUGCAAUGGCCUCGGGGAAUGAGGGGGACCCUCCGCAGGAUCAGGGGCGCCGGGGGAGCCAAAGGCGCAGGCUCAGCGCAGAGGGCCGCGUGGCGGAGGAGGCCGAGGAGGUGUUCCGGAGCUACGCCUUCUACCGCUACCAGCAGGAGCGCGAGGAGCGCGGGGCCGAGCUGCCGCGCGACCCCGAGAUCGAGCAGAUCCAGCAGGACCCGUGCAGCACCGAGAGCCAGGUGGGGCAGCGCCUGGCCAUCAUCGGCGACGACAUCUACAAGCGCUACGACGCCGAGUUCCGCACCAUGCUGGGGAGCCUGCAGCCCACCCGCGACAACGCCUACGAGCACUUCACCAGAAUUGCCUCCAGAGUUUGGGGGUCGAGGACUGACCCCGCUGUGUCCCCUCCCUGGCAGGAGGCCGUGAAGACCCUGGACAAUGUUUACAUGAAGUAUGUGCUGGUGGCAGCCGUGGUGGCGCUGGGCUACCUGGUGCUGCGACGCUUCUUCAACCCCUGA